CUCAAUCCUGCACGGACAGUCUUCCACGCUGUGCCAACGCGGAGAGACAAGAAUAAGAAUUAGGACGCUGGGGUGUCAGAAGAAGGCGCCAGCGCUGCACGGUUUAACUAGAAAGGAUUGAAGGUAGUGGAGAAGGAAAGGUCAGUACCUUUAAGCCGUUCUGUUUCGUGAAUUCUUCGUGGGAAGUUCGACGUCGGGGAUCGGAGCAAGCGACGUGAAAGAGAACCUAAAUCGUCCUAUAAAGUCUCUCCUUUUAAAUGGACUGUGAGCAUAUCGAACUUUUGGCAAUACCACUUUUAAAGAACUGUUUUUGCAAUAUCACUUUAAGAACUGUUUGGGCUGCCGCUCAGCAGCUGUUUCCGGUUACAGUAGUGUUUGUUUACUUUUGGGGGGUUUGUUUUCUGUGUUUAAUAAAUGUGUUGUUUGUUAUAAGAAACCCUUGCCGAUCUCAUAUAUUUAUUGUUGCCUGAAUACGUAACAUUAAAUAUGGGGGCUCAUCCGGGAUUGAAUCAUUUGAGUUUAAAUGCUUGCUGACUUUUAAAUCGGUGUUUUGGAAACGGGGAUUACUCGGUUCUUUUGUUUGGCUUGUUGUGGUAUUUGGCAGCAAUGAAUAUUGAUGAGUUUCUGGCUUCGCCAGCUGCGGAGGUGUUGGCGAAGGCGAAAAAAACAGGUGUUUGAGAUAGCUAGUAGAUUGCGACUUAAAGGUAUUUUGCAGACUACUUCUAAGGCUGUGAUACAGAGAAAAAUCGCGUCACACUAUGUGGAUUUGGGUGUUUUUGAUGAAUCGAUUUUAGAGUAGUUUCCAAUAAGUAAUCUGGAGAUGCAGUUGCAAAUCGAACAAAUGAAAUUGGAGAGGUGUAAAUUGGAGGUGGAACAAAAGCAGAGAGAAUUUGCAUAUGCAAUGGAGGAAUUAAAGUCUGGGAAUCAGUCUUCUGGUUCUAAAAAACCGUUUCUUGCUAGUCAAGAAAUUAAAUUGGUCCCUCCAUUUAGUGAAACAGAAGUGGAAAGGUAUUUUCAACAUUUUGAAACUAUUGCUCGGAUGUCAGAGUGGCCGAAAGAUAAAUGGUCAGUGUUGUUACAGAGUGUAAUUAAAGGCAAAGCACAACAAGUUUACACAGCUUUAACAGCUGCGCAAGCACUUGAUUAUGAUAUUGUAAAGAGGCAUAUCUUAAAUGCAUAUGAGUUAGACACAGAAGCAUAUAGGGAAAGAUUCAGAAGUUUGAAAAAGUCUGUGGAAAAAACUUAUGUGGAAUUUGCCUAUGAUAAAGCUAUGUGUUUUGAGAGAUGGGUUUCUUCUAAAAAUGUAAAUGGGGACUAUGAUACAUUGAGAGAGCUGAUUUUAAUGGAGGAAUUUAAAAGAAGCAUUCCUGUUGAAAUAAGGACCUACUUAAAUGAGAGGGAUACUGAUAAAUUGCAGGACUGUGCUAAAUUAGCUGAUGAGUAUGUUUUGAUCCAUAAGAAUAAAUUUCCUCAGGGCAGAAAUUUUAAGAGGAAAAAUAACAUGGAGACUCCAGGUAAAUCAGAAAUUAAAUCAGAGGUUAAUGAGAAAGUUGAUGAGAAAGGAAAGCCUGUGAAGGAAAGACAGUUUGGUCUUACUUGUAACUAUUGUAAGAAGCCUGGCCAUGUAAUAGCUAACUGUUUCAAAUUGAAAAAGAAAGAGAAGGAAGCAGUUCCAGAUGCUUGUGUGCAACAUACUGAAGCACCUGUAAAGUUACAGGGUUUGAUAAACACAAAUGAGGCUUUGUUAGAGUCUGACCAAGUUAAAAAGGGAUAUGAUCAUUUUAUAACUGAAGGGUUUGUAUCCUUGAAAGAAGGAUCUACUCUGGUGCCAAUAAGAAUCCUUAGGGAUACUGGUGCUUCUCAAUCAUUGAUGUUAGACAGUGUGUUGAAGUUUAAUGAAGAGUCUGAUACUGGUGAGGUAAAUUACAUAAGAGGUGUUGGAAGUGAUUUUAUGCCUGUACAUUUACAUAAAGUAAAUUUAAAGUCGGGGUUAGUUACUGGAUUUGUUAAAGUAGGAUUACAGCAUAGCUUACCUGUGAAGGGUAUUUCUUUAUUGUUAGGUAAUGACUUGGCAGGUGGACAAGUUUUUCCUGAAGUGCAUUUGACAAUGGAGUCAGAGGAACCAGAGUUGAAUUCUAACACAGAUUCUUCCUGUGUUGUGACUAGAGCUAUGGCUAAAAAGAUUGAUGCGCAGAAUGAAGUUGUUACUCAGGACUGUUCAACUCAGGAUUCGAGUUUUGAGGAUGUGUCAGAGACUUUCUUAUCUUCGUUGUUUGAACAAGAUUCUGGGAGUAAGUCUGACUAUAAAGAUUUAUCUUUGUCUCGGAAGGAGAUGAUAGCAGAGCAGAAUAGAGACUCUGAGAUUAUAAAAUUAAAAGAGCAGGUUUUACUAGAUAGUGAAAUUGAUAAGGUGCCAGUAGGAUAUUACUUGGAAAAAGGAGUGUUGAUGAGGAAGUGGAGAUCGCCUACAAUUCCUGCAAGUGAGGAUUGGAAUGUUGUUUACCAGGUAGUUGUUCCAAAAGCUUAUCGAAAUGAGAUUUUGACUUUAGCUCAUAGUGUGCCUUUAGGUGGACAUCAAGGGGUAAGGAAAACUGUGGACAAGAUUUUAAAACAUUUUUACUGGCCUGGUCUAAGAAAAGAUGUGGCGAUGUUUUGUAAAACGUGCCAUUCUUGUCAAAUUGUGGGUAAACCAAAUCAGGUUACACCAGUAGCUCCAUUACAACCUAUCCCAGCAUUUGGUGAACCAUUUUCUAAAGUUAUUGUAGAUUGUGUUGGUCCAUUACCAAAGACAAAAACUGGUUAUCAGUAUUUGUUGACUAUCAUGUGUACUUCUUCUAGGUUUCCAGAGGCAGUACCACUUAGGAAUAUAAAAGCUAAGACUGUGACAAAGGCCCUUAUAAAUUUUUUUACUUAUUUUGGAUUACCUAAGGAGAUACAAACUGAUCAAGGCAGUAAUUUUAUGUCUGGAUUGUUUCAACAGAUAGUUUAUAAAUUGGGAGCUAAGCAAAUCACUUUGUCUGCAUACCAUCUGGAAUCGCAGGGUGCCUUCGAGAGGUUUCAGUCUACCCUCAAGAAUAUGAUUAGGACAUUUUGUGUGGAAAAUGAAAGUGACUGGAAUGAGGGUAUAAACUUACUUUUAUUUGCAGUAAGGGAAUCGGUACAGGAAUCUUUAGGUUUUAGUCCAUUUGAACUUGUGUUUGGGCAUAGAGUUAGAGGACCUUUAGCUUUAUUGAAAGAACAGUGGAUUAAUAAGGAAAUACACACUAAUUUGUUGGACUAUGUGUUGAAAUUUAAGGACAGGUUACAAAAAGCUUGUAGCUUAGCUAAGGAAAAUUUAAAGUUGGCUCAGGAGAAAAUGAAGACUUGGUAUGAUAAAGACGCUAGGAUGAGGAUGUUUAAGCCUGGAGAUAAGGUGUUGGUUCUUUUCCCAGUGCAGACAAAUCCUUUACAAGCUAGAUUUCAUGGUCCUUAUGAAAUUGUGUCUAAAAUCAAUGAUGUGGAUUACGUGGUAAAAACUCCAGAUCGUAGAAGGUCAACACAACUUUGCCAUAUAAAUAUGUUGAAACCAUAUUUUGAGAAACAAUCUGAUACUGUGACUGUUGUGGUUAGUGAGAAUGAGUUUGAUUUAACUAGGAACAUGAUAGAUGAUUCAUCUGACUUUCAUUCUAAAUCCAACAUUGUUUCUGUUAGGUUACCAAAUUCAACCAUUCUGGAAAAUAUUGAUGAAAAAUUAGCACAUUUACAGUUAGAGCAGAGACAACAGAUGAAGGAGUUGAUUUUUAAAUAUAGGGAGUUGUUUCCAGAUGUUCCGAGAAGGACUACUAUAGCUUCACAUGAUGUAGAUGUUGGGGAUGCCAAACCUAUUAAACAACAUCCAUAUAGGAUGAACAUGAAAAAAUGUGAACUUGCUGAGAAAGAAAUUGAAUAUAUGUUAGAGAAUAAUAUCAUUAGACAUUCUAACUCGAAUUGGAGUUCGCCAUGUGUUAUGGUGCCAAAGCCAGAUGGUAGUAUUAGGUUUUGUACGGAUUAUAGGAAGGUGAAUGCUGUAACGAAAACAGAUGCAUAUCCAAUUCCUAGAGUAGAUGAUUGUGUAGAUAAAGUUGGAAAAGCAGUUCCUUACAAAGAUUGAUUUAUUGAAAGGGUAUUGGUGUGUUCCAUUAACGGACAGAGGUAGAGAGAUUUCUGCAUUUGUAACUCCAUCUGGGUUAUAUGAGUAUAAUGUUCUUCCAUUUGGGAUGAAGAAUGCCCCAGGUACUUUCCAGAGGAUGAUUAACUUUAUGAUUCAGGGAUUGAAAGAUACUGAUGCUUAUAUUGAUGAUUUAGUGACAGGAAAUGAUACUUGGGAAGCACACAUUAUUGCGAUGGAGAAAUUGUUUGAAAGGCUUUCAAAAGCUAACUUAACUAUUAAUUUAGCUAAGAGUGAAUUUGGACAUGCCACUGUGACUUACCUUGGUUAUGUUGUGGGUCAAGGUAAGGUAGCUCCUGUUCAGGCAAUUUUAGAGAUUCCCACUCCGACGGGGAAAAAGACUCUCAGAAGUUUUUUGGGAAUGGUAGGAUAUUAUCGGAAAUUUUUAAAGAAUUUUGCUAAUGUUGCCUUUCCAUUAACUAACCUUCUGCGGAAGAAUGAGAAGUUUGUAUGGACGGUGCCUUGUCAAGAAGCAUUUGAAAAAUUGAAAACAAUGAUAUGUCAACAACCUGUGCUUAAGGCACCUGACUUUGGAAAACCUUUUUCAUUAGCUGUAGAUGCUAGUGAUGAGGCUACAGGAGCAGUAUUAAUGCAAAGGAAUGAGGGUGAUGAGGUUGAUCAUCCAGUAGCUUACUUUUCUAAGAAAUUUAAUAAGCAUCAAAGAAACUAUUCGACAAUAGAGAAAGAAUUGUUAUCUCUUGUUUUAGCUUUGGAAUAUUUUGAGGUAUAUGUUAGUACAACUCAAAUACCACUUAUUGUUUACACUGAUCAUAAUCCGUUAGUUUUCCUGAGUAAGAUGAAAAACAAAAACAGAAGAUUAUUAAAUUGGAGUUUGAUGUUACAAGAGUACAAUAUUGUGAUGACUCAUAUUAAAGGUAAAGAUAAUGUGGUUGCUGAUUGUCUAUCUCGAUGUUGAAUGUACACUGUAAUUUUUUUUAUGGAAUGGUUUUUUUUUCAAUUGUAACUCUCAUACUGUAUUGUGAGUUAUAAGCUGUUAUACGAUGGUAUUGUAUAUUGUGUAUGUUAUAAAAUUUAUAUCUUUGUUUUUCUUGUAAGCAAUUGUUAAAAAUUUUUGUUCUUGUCAGACCAAAAAUGUUUUUUUUGGAGGGAGGUGUUACGUACUCGUGACACAUGACAGUGGUGCCCUUGUCAUGUGACUGGGGUUGAAGCUGUACUGGUCUUGAGGUGAUGGUCUUGUGAUGGUGGAAUGACGUCAUUUUCCCGCCAGUAGAGAUCAUGUGACGGUUUUUUUUACAGGUUAUAAAAGGUAGACCCCACCCUGUGGGGAGGGGCAGUUCAUGGCUGGAUUUGCCAGGUUGACUUCAUGCCGCUGCGUGUUUUAAGUGAUGACGCAGUUUAGUUGAAGGAUGAAGUUUUUAUUUAAUGCCUAAAGUUUAAGAGGUCAUUGCCAGCAGGUUCUUUACGAUCCUGUUAGUUCGAAAUUAGUGGAGAGUGAAGAUUGGAAGUUGGAAGUUAAAGAUCGAGGAGAAUCGCUUCCUACGGUGAAACGGGGGCGACCUUUGUUUGAUCCUUAUUUGGAAGGAUUUCGUUGACUAUCUUCGUGUUAAUCCCUAGGUUUAACUAGAAAGGAUUGAAGGUAGUGGAGAAGGAAAGGUCAGUGCCUUUAAGCCGUUCUGUUUCGUGAAUUCUUCGUGGGAAGUUCGACGUCGGGGAUCGGAGCAAGCGACGUGAAAGAGAACCUAAGUCGUCCUAUAAAGUCUCUCCUUUUAAAUGGACUGUGAGCAUAUCGAACUUUUGGCAAUACCACUUUUAAAGAACUGUUUUUGCAAUAUCACUUUAAGAACUGUUUGGGCUGCCGCUCAGCAGCUGUUUCCGGUUACAGUAGUGUUUGUUUACUUUUGGGGGGUUUGUUUUCUGUGUUUAAUAAAUGUGUUGUUUGU